AUGGUUAACCCUGCUUCCACCUGCUGCAAGACCUCCCAGGAGGGAGGAUGUGUCUGUGCCGCCCAGGCCAAGUGCUCCUGUGGCAAGGAGAGUGCCCUGAGCUGCUCCUGCAACAAGGCUACCACCGAAAAUGCCAUUUCCGGACCCCGAUGCUCUUGCCGAGCUCGUCCUGCUGGCCAGUGCACCUGCGAGCGCUCUGACGCGGAGAAUACGGCCGUCGAUGGAAACGCCUGUGCCUGUGGCAGCCGCCCUGCUACUUCUUGCACUUGCGAGAAAGCUGAGUCUUCCGAGUCUGCCCUGGAGUCAGACUUCACUACCCGUGCAUGA